AUGCCGUUUUUUGUUUACGAGCAUGGUGGAACAUGCAAAACAUUCCUAUGGUCAACAAUAAUAGCAAAAUUGCGGUUUGAAGGUAAACUUGUUCUUUUUGUUGCUACGUCAGGUAUUGCUGCCUUGCUGUUACCAGGAGGAAGAAUAGCCCAUUCACGUUUCUGGAUACCUUUGGAUGUAACUAACAAGAGUACAUGUGAUAUUAAGAAAAGAAUGCAAUUGGCAAAACUGAUUUUGACAACAUCUUUGAUAAUUUGGGAUGAAGCAUCGAUGGCAAAUAGACAGAUUUUACCAGUUAUACCAAAGGGGAAAAAAUAUGAUGUGAUGCAAGCAUGUUUAUCUUCAUCUCCCCUUUGGGAACAUGUCACCGUGUUGAAGUUAACAGAAAAUAUGAGAUUGAAAAAGAAUUUCCAAAGCGAUGCAGAAUUGGAGUUGACUACUUUUGACAGAUGGUUACUGCAAAUUGGUGAAGGAACAGGAGUAUCAGAAGAUGAAAGCUUUAUAGAAAUUCCUGAAGAUUUGAAAAUUUCUCAACACAGAAAUCCAGAAGAAAGAAUUGUGAAUGUUGUUUUCUCAAAUCUAUUUGCUGAGAUAGGCAAUGUUUAUUAUAUUAGAGAGAGGGCAAUAUUGAUAGCUAGAAAUGAUACAGCACAUGAAUUGAAUGACUACAUUAUUCAAAAAUUGCAAUCAGAAUCAAAGACCUAUUACAGUUCAAACAGCACUUGCAAAGCAGCAGGGACUUCAAAUGAUGAUGACAUUCUAUAUCCAACAGAGUUUCUUAACUCUUUGAUGUGCUCUGGUAUGCCAAAACAUGAAUUGCAAUUAAAAAUUGGAGUUCCAAUUAUGUUGCUAUGA